AUUUUAUUAGACUAAAAUGGAACAAAGAGGCUAUUCUAUGAGAAAGAUGAAGUAUCAGGUCAAAUUCAAGAACGGAAGUAGACACGAAUGUAGAAGCUCUGAUGAGGAAUACUGUGCUUUAGCAUCAAUUUUUCAUUUGUACUGCCAGGCAGAAGACCUUAUUGAACGCAUUAUCACAGUCUGAAAUGACUUAGACAACAGCCAUCGUACAAAAUCUUCCCCCAAUUCAGAGAGACGUAGAAUAAAUGCUCUCGAAACUGAAAUCAUCAAGGUUUUCAAGCAAAUAGGGAAAUACAAGCAUGACAAAUCGAAGCCAAUUAGUUUGAAAUAAGUUAUAUACAAGGCUACACGAUGCUCUUCCCACUCAUUUUAAAGAUACAGGUAUAUGAGAACCAUGGAUUUUUCUUGAAAGAUUUGACCAAAUUCUAUUCAGUUCUAUUCUGAAAACAGAUGAAAUUACUACUCCAGCUGGAAGUGGAGAAGAAGGUACAUUCCCAAGUAUAGUUGGCCCUCGCCCUGUGGCUCAUUUCUUUGAAAUAAACUACAUGCAUACUCUAUGUCUUCCGCAUGCGGUUGUAGACUGCCCUACCUACGAAGUAAAGAUCAUGAAGAUCAACAUGUGUAACAUUAUCAAAGUGGUGGAACAGAUGAGAAAGAAAGCAGAGCUCGAUAUUUCUUUAGGUAAUGAGCUUACAUCGAGUGUCCGUUCAACCUUUAGAGGGUCAAUUAGUAGCAGCCUCUUCUUUCUUGCAAGUUGAUUUUGGCAAAGUAGUGAAACAUGGUCUGAAGUGAUGGCCAAAUGCUAUAUAAAAUAACAACAGACCUCAUGAAUAUUGGGAGAAAACUAGUGAAUUGCUCAAAAUUCCUAAAUACUUAAGAUUCGAACUCUUUUAUGACGGGCAUGAUUACUUGGAAAAGAUGAUGGAAACCAUUGGAAUUGAGAGUAAAUACACUCUGAAAACUCUUAUAUCUCCUCUUAUUCCAGAAUAUUUUAACAUUGAUGAGAUCUUUAAUCUAGAAAAUCUCGAGGACAACCAGCAUCUGAAAUAUAGCUGCGAAGAGAGGAAGCACUCGAAUCUAUCCAAUAGUUUAGACGGAAGCUUUACACUCUCAGAUGAUCUUGAUGAGAGAGAGCAAAAGCCACAGAUAAAGAUAAAGGCAAACCUAAAGAGUUUCAUAGGAUUCACUACGAAGUCUCUGAGUUUCAGUGGAGAAUCCAAUCGAAGAAGAUCAUCUAGGAGAAAAGCAGGAGCUCAACUGAUCACUCAUUAUAUAAACUAUUUUAAAAAUAGUGAAGGAGAGUGGGUCGUAAAUGAUGACCAUCAUGGAAAUAGCGUCAUUGGUUCAUUUGAGGAACUCAAAAAGAGCCUUAUCUCUAACUCAGUUAUUCCUUUCAUGGUCAUGUAUGAGGUAGAGAGCUGAGAGAAAGACUCUAAGCCCUCUGAAGCCUCUCGUGACCCAAGCUUACCCAAAAUCGAAGAAAACAAAGAAUCCUAUAAAGAGCAAGAAGUCCCAGUCAGCCCACAUGCCUCAAUAGCACCAACAGACCCUUAUGCUACAACAGGCAUGAAGAUUCGACGCACAGAUCCACAGGAUCCAAAAAAUACUAAUAUGAAUUCCAAGACAGGAUCUAGCCUUAUUAGAGAAGAUCCAGGCAAUAAUACAGGGAAUUGUUGAUGUCUUCCUCUAGCAAAAAUAUUUAAAUCAUAAAGAGGAUAUGGAGGACUAGAACAUUUUUGAUGGACUGGUGAGAUAUGUGCCAACAACAAAUCAAAAAGAUGGGUUUGGCACAGAAAUAAGAUU